AUGGCCGACCGCCCGCCGCCCACCGUUGUUCCGCGCGCAUCGCGACGCGCCAGGCUGCCCUCGUUUGUGCGCCUACCCAUGCUGAUCAUCCUGAACAUCUGCUUGCAAAGCGCGCUUUGGACGGGUGCGGAAAACGUGCUCUCUCAUGAGCUCGGCGCUGUGAGCAAGGUUCCGCGACCCGGGCAAGAGCAGGAAGGGUUCGGGGAGCUUACAGAGCCCAUCGUGCGGCUUGUGAGCAAGAUCGCGUUGGUGUCUGUCGCGUGGAAGCUGCGAUAUGACUACUUCGACAUCGGCGCGCUUACAGCCGUCAUCAACAUCCCCUUCGCCUUCCUCCUCACCACCUUCUACAACAUCUCCCUCUUGACUGCCGCCGCCCACGUUGCCAUCGAAGUCAUCUCCAUCGCGCUCCCAACGUACCUCCUCCGCCCCAUCGCCGACAUCAACAACCCGGCCGUCCCGAUCCGCAACCGCUACCUUCUCAACAGCUUCCAGGUCUCAUGGUCCAACACCGCGCUCGCGGUUGGCGUCUACGCCACCGUGCUGUACAGCUCCCUGCAGACAAACUGGCUCACCAUCUUCCUCAUCAACCACUUCGACCUCCCCAGUGUCGAGCUCGCCCACGACGUCCAGGCCGCGACUUUUAUCCCGAAGCUCCUCGUCGCGGGCUACGCCACGAAAGCCUUCCUCUUGGAUCCCGCCAUCGGCGCGCAGCCUGAGACGGGUGCGGUGACUCCUGUAGGCCCAUUCGAGCCUGCCACCGCGACUCUCCCGCAGACGCUGAAGCACAACUUCUGGUUCUUCAGCAGGCGCACGCGGACGCUGAUUCAGCGGAGCGCUGUGCUGAGCACCUUCCUACUUGCGAACACUGUCCUCAGGGGCGCGACGCUCGAGGGAAGCGAGAUUGCUGGCUCUGCUGGGUACGCUGGUGUGUGGAUCCUCGCAGCCAACAUCUGCGCUGCGUGGUUCGUGUGGACUGGCGAUGCCGAUCCGUAG